CUGGGCAUCAAAGUACAAGUUUCAGGGAUGUUGCUGAUAGAUUUAAUUUGUCUCUUAGUGCCUUUGAAUCAGUGUUACAAAGAGUCACACAGUUUUUAUAUGAUUUAAGAAAUGAAUUUAUUCGGUAUGAACCCACUGAGGCAGAAAAGCAGAGAGCGCAGAAAUACUAUGUAGAAAAUAAAAAUUUUCCAGGAAUAAUUGGUUCUAUUGAUGGUUCACACAUCUGUAUAGACAAACCUUCUGAAGACCCAGUAGCCUAUAUCAAUAGAAAACAUUAUUUUUCCAUUCACAUGCAGGGAACAGUUAAUGAGCAGAACAAGUUCUUAGAUGUGUUAAUUGGAUAUCCUGGCUCAGUGCAUGAUGCAAGAGUAUUUGCAAAUUCUAGUCUGGCUGAAGACUUACCAGCACUCUGUCACAACGGAAACAUAAUUCUUGGAGACGCUGCAUAUCCAUGCCUUCCUCAAUUAAUUACUCCAUAUCGGGAUAAUGGACAUCUUACACAGGCCCAAAGAAACUUUAAUCGUAUACAUAGUCAGUGCAGAAUCUCUGUAGAACAUACAUUUGGAGUAUUGAAACAAUGUUUCAGGCAAUUAUAUUUCCUUAAGCUGAGGAACAUGCAGUUCAUCGUUAAAUUCAUUUUCGCUUGUUGCGUCCUUCAUAAUAUGGCUGACUUUAAUGAUAUGCAAUACAUGGAAGAACCCGAGGACGACAAUCAUGCUGAUGUAAAUGCACAGGUGUUGUUACCCCAUGUCCUGCCAGAAGAUAGGGAUGAAAAUUUUGUUGAUGAGCGACGUGGUUGUGAUCUCAGAGAUGAACUAUGCCGACAAUUGUUCCAAAGACGAUUCAACGUAGAGUAGAGAUAUAUUAAGACAAAUUUUAAUGACUAUAUGAUAUAUAUAUAUAUAUAAAUAUAUAAAAGUUCAGCGUUAAAUAAAUAAUAUGUUUAUAUCUUACAUCAAUAUCUAUGUUUUCAGUCUUCAUAUGAUAAUUCUUUUUCUUAGGUAUAUUCUUUUUAUCAUUUUCUCUAAUAUCGCUAUAUUGUUUUUGCAAGAUAUUAUUUUGCCUUUUUUGCGUUUUAUUACACUUUUAACGUUUUGGAAUUUUAUACGCGCUUAUUGUAAAAAAAAGCAAUUGAUUAUUUUAUUUUUAUGUUUAUAUAUAUCAUGUGCUCAUACAUAUUUGUCUGAAUAUACCUUAAAAAGUGGCCAUGAGAAGAUGAUUACUUCUUGUAAUAAGUUCUACUUUUUUUAAGUAUUCUAUGUAUGUAUAGCAAAGUUAAAAUACACAUCUAUAUUUUAUA